AUGAGAGGGCUGGGUGUUAAGGAAGAGGCUAUCUUCAGAUCUGCAGAUAUGUCCUUUAUAGAAUUAUACAUCCCAACAGAAAUAUCUAGAGAAACUUUAUAUUUAUUAGGGGAAUGUGGAGUAAUCAUGUUUAAAGAUUUAAAUCUCCAUAAAAGUACUUUCCAAAGAAGUUAUGCCUUUCAAAUAAAAAAAUUAAACGACAUCCAGCAUUCGUUGGAUUAUAUGGACCAUAUUGUAAAGUUACAUUCAAAUGACACUUUUAAAUAUUUACCACCCACCAUAACUGAUGCCAGUGAUACCAGUACUAGAUUGAAUUCUUACAAUAACCCUGAGCACAUGAACAUUCCUCGUAUAGAUGACAUUAAUAAUAUUUGUGAGGAAAUUAAACUUUUCCAAAAUAGAUUGCAGCAGUUAAAUGAUUCCUAUUUGGAGCUAAAAUCCAAAUUACUAAAAUUGUUAGAUGAAAGGUGUGUUUUAUAUGAAGUUGGUAAAUUUUUAAGUUAUAAUCCAGGUUUAGUGAUUGGUGGUGAUACUGCAACAGAUUUAGAGGAAAAUCAAAAUUUACUAUCAAAUCGUGAGUCUGCUAACAUCCCUAGUGAUGAUUUAUCUACCUUUGCGAUAUCAGACGAUGAAGAUGAAGAAAUUUAUAACAACAAUAACAACGUAUUUAAUAAUCAUUACGGUUCCUUGAUUGUUGGUUCUAUUGAUAGAGAUAAAAUUGAACCUUUAAAUAGAAUAUUGUGGAGGGUCUUACGUGGUAAUUUAUUUUUCCAUCAUACUCCAAUAAAUGUUAAUAAUAAUAAAUAUAUAAAACCAGACGCAAAUUCCGAAGAUGAAGCUGUAGAAAAAGACAAAGACUGCUUUAUUAUAUUUACGCAUGGUGAAAUAUUAUUAGCUAGGGUUAGAAAAAUUGUAGAAUCAUUGAAUGCUAAGAUUUAUGACUUCCCCAACAAUAAUGACGGUGCUAAUAAUGGUGCUAACUUGAACAUUCGUAUUGAAGAACUGAGUCAUAUUUUGGAAGCCACAGAGCAAUCCCUAUACACAGAAAUACUCGUAAUUGCAGAUCAAUUGCCUAAAUGGUUUCAAACUAUUUCUGCUGAAAAAUAUGUGUAUGUGACCAUGAAUCUAUUCAAAAAUAUUGAAAAUGAUAGUACUGCGUUAUUGGGGGAAGGCUGGAUCCCAACGAGUUUGAUAUUAGAGACAACCAACAGACUAAGAGAUUAUACUGAUUUGCAUCAUGCGGACAGUUUAAAACCUGUUAUUAGUCUUGUGGAAACUAACAGGUUGCCACCAACUUACCAUAAAACUAAUAAAUUCACCCAAGCCUUCCAAUCUAUUGUUGAUGCUUACGGUAUUGCCACCUACAAAGAGGUCAACCCUGGUUUGGCUACUAUUGUUACGUUUCCAUUUAUGUUUAGUAUUAUGUUUGGUGAUACAGGACAUGGUUUUAUUUUGUUUUUAGUUGGAUUAUAUUUGAUUUUAAACGAACGUAAAUUCAAUUUAAUGAAAAGGGACGAAAUUUUUGAUAUGGCAUUUACUGGCAGAUAUGUUAUUCUUUUAAUGGGCUUGUUUUCCAUUUACAUUGGUCUGCUGUAUAACGAUAUUUUUUCGAAAACUAUGACUUUUUUUAGUUCGGGCUGGUCAUGGCCCACAGAUUUUAAGAUUGGACAAACUUUGGAGGCUACUAAAAUUCCUGGGAAAGUGUAUCCCUUUGGCUUGGAUUAUAGCUGGCAUGGCACUGAAAAUGGGUUAUUAUUUACAAAUUCCUAUAAAAUGAAGCUGUCUAUAUUGAUGGGUUUUGUUCACAUGACUUAUUCUUUUAUGUUUUCCCUAGUUAACUACCGUUAUAGACAGUCGAGAGUCGAUAUAAUCGGUAAUUUUAUUCCCGGAUUGAUAUUCAUGCAAAGCAUUUUUGGAUACCUAUCAUGGGCCAUUGUAUAUAAAUGGAGCAAAGACUGGAUUAAAGAUGGCAGGGAGGCACCUGGCCUAUUAAAUAUGUUAAUUAAUAUGUUUUUAAGUCCUGGAAAUAUCGAUGUGAAAUUGUAUACUGGACAGAGUGUCAUACAAAUUAUUUUGUUAUUAGCAGCUGUAAUUUGUGUACCAUGGUUGCUAUUAUACAAGCCCUUGGUUUUGAGAAGAAAUCAUUUAACGGCUACCAGGAAUAAGGGGUAUUUGAGGGGUGUGGAGUUUGAAUUGUCCAAUAAUUCUGAUACAAACGCUGGCUACCAUGAUGAUUUUGAUGCUUUUGAUUUUGAAGUGGACACUAAUGAUAAUCAUAAUGGAGAUCAACAAGUGCAACAUCAAAUGGAGAGGUCCUUGCUUGAAGAGCGUGAAGAAAAUAGACCACAAGUUGAAGAAGAACAAGACCAAGCUAAGCAGGAAUUCAAUUUUGGUGACAUUAUGAUUCAUCAAGUUAUUCAUACUAUUGAAUUUUGUUUAAAUUGUAUUUCACAUACGGCUUCAUACCUAAGAUUAUGGGCAUUAUCAUUAGCGCAUGCUCAAUUAUCAACUGUGUUAUGGGAUAUGACAAUACAAAACUCCUUUUCAUCCCAUAGCCCAGGAUCGUUUUUAAGUGUUUUUAAAGUUGUUGCUCUAUUUGCCAUGUGGUUUGUUUUAACUGUUUGUGUUUUAGUUUUAAUGGAAGGUACUUCUGCCAUGUUGCAUGCUUUGAGAUUGCAUUGGGUUGAGGCUAUGUCCAAGUUUUUUGAGGGUGAAGGGUAUGCAUAUGAACCAUUUUCUUUUAAAAACUUGGAACAAGAGGGAAAUACUGUAGAAUAA